AUGGAGAGGCUGCCGCCGCUGCCACCACCAACCAUGAACUUGAGCUGUAUGUCAGAACAAAUCCAAAAGCCAUAUAUGAAAUUUUCUGAAUGGAAAUUCAAACUCUUCAAAGUCAGAUCACUUGAAAAGCCACUUCCUGAACACAACCAUCUGGCUAACAAUGAUAAAGGGAAAAUGGCAGCUAUUCUGGACAAUAUCACUGAGGAACAGACAGAUGCUGUGGGGUUAAUGUCACAAGAUCUCUUGCAGACAGACACAGGAUUGAACAACAGUAUGGAGACAAUGGAUAAAGAUGUCUUUCAUGUGAACUAUAGAGAGAAUACAACUCACCAAGCAAACCUUCAGCACCUCUGCCGUAUCUGUGGAGGUUCAUUUAAAACUGACCCUUAUAAGAGAAGCCACCCAGUGCAUGGGCCUGUGGAUGAUGAGACACAGGCCCUUUUAAGAAAGAAAGAGAAAAGGGCUACAUCCUGGCCAGAUCUUCUUGCCAAGAUUUUUAAGAUUGAUGUGAGAGGAGACAUUGACACAAUCCAUCCUACUCAAUUUUGUCACAACUGCUGGAAAGUUGUUCAGAGGAAAUUCAGUAAUGCCCCAUCUGAAGUGUAUUUUCCAAGGAAAGGAACCAUGGAAUGGCAUCCCCAUUCGUCAAGUUGUGAUGUUUGUGGCACUUCCUCCCGUGGGGUCAAGAGAAAGAAGCAAGCCUUGAAUCCACAGACAAGCAAAAAGCUGAGGAUCAUUGCUGGACGUGCUCAGCAAAUAAGGCAUUUAAGGAACCCCAAACAAGUGAACAAAAGUCUCAUGAAAAAAAUUGUUAACUGCAAGAAGAUUCAUCUCAGUACAAAUGUCCUUGCAGUAGACUAUCCUGCAGACUUUGUAAAAUCAAUCUCUUGUCAGGUCUGUGAGCACAUACUGGCGGACCCAGUAGAAACAACAUGCAAGCACUUAUUCUGCAGAGUCUGCAUCUUUAAAUGCCUUAGAGUCAUGGGAAGCUAUUGCCCAGCCUGUCGCUAUCCUUGCUUUCCUACUGAUCUCAUGAGCCCCGUGAAAUCCUUCCUGAGCAUCCUCAACAGUUUGGCUAUAAGAUGUCCAGUGAAAGACUGUCAUGAGGAAGUCUUCCUGGGAAAAUACAGCCAUCAUCUUUCCAGCCACAAAGAGGAAAAAGACAAAGAGGGUUAUGUGCACAUAAACAAAGGUGGCCGACCAAGACAACAUUUACUUUCAUUGACUCGGAGAGCUCAAAAGCACCGCCUAAGAGAACUCAAGCUUCAAGUAAAGACUUUCGCUGAGAAAGAAGAAGGGGGAGACGUAAGGUCUGUGUGUCUAACUUUGUUCUUAUUGGCUUUGAGAGCUAGAAAUGAACACAGACAAGCUGAUGAGUUGGAAGCUAUAAUGCAAGGGAAAGGAUCAGGCCUUCCUCCAGCUGUUUGCUUGGCAAUCCGAGUCAACACCUUUCUCAGCUGCAGCCAGUACCAUAAAAUGUACAGAACAGUAAAAGCAAUAACAGGAAGGCAGAUUUUCCAGCCAUUGCAUGCUCUCCGGAGUGCUGAAAAGGCCCUUUUGCCAGGCUACCAUCCAUUUGAAUGGACACCACCCUUGAAAAACGUGUCCAGUAACACUGAAGUAGGUAUUAUAGAUGGACUAUCAGGCAUACAACACUUGGUUGAUGACUACCCAGUAGACACAAUUGCAAAGAGGUUUCGAUAUGACGCAGCUUUGGUUUCUGCCCUAAUGGAUAUGGAAGAAGAUAUCUUGGAAGGGCUUAAAUCUCAUGACCUGGAUGACUACAUGAAAGGCCCCUUCACUGUGGUGAUUAAAGAAUCCUGUGAUGGAAUGGGAGAUGUCAGUGAAAAGCAUGGCUGUGGCCCAGCUGUACCCGAGAAAGCAGUUAGAUUCUCAUUCACACUCAUGAGCAUCACUGUUGCUCAUGGCAAAGAAAGUAUAAAGAUUUUUGAAGAAAACAAGCCCAAUUCAGAGCUGUGUUGCAAACCCUUAUGCCUUAUGCUGGCUGAUGAAUCAGACCAUGAGACACUCACAGCCAUUCUGAGCCCUCUUGUAGCAGAAAGAGAGGCCAUGAAAAGCAGUUCAUUGGUACUUGAGAUGGGUGGUAUCCCUAGAUCAUUCAAAUUCAUCUUUAGGGGCACUGGAUAUGAUGAAAAGCUUGUCCGUGAAGUAGAGGGCCUUGAAGCCUCAGGCUCCUCUUACAUAUGUACCCUUUGUGAUGCAACACGCUUGGAAGCCUCACAGAACUUGAUCCUUCACUCCAUCACAAGGAGUCAUGCUGAAAACCUAGAGCGGUAUGAAGUGUGGAGGUCCAACCCCUACCAUGAGACUGUUGAUGAACUACGUGACCGAGUGAAAGGUGUUUCUGCUAAGCCCUUUAUUGAGACUGUUCCUUCAAUAGAUGCAUUGCAUUGUGACAUUGGCAAUGCUACUGAGUUUUACAAAAUAUUCCAGUUUGAGAUUGGUGAAGUAUAUAAAAACCCUGAUGCUUCAAAAGAAGAGAGAAAGAGGUGGCAAUCAACUCUUGAUAAACAUCUGAGAAAGAAGAUGAAUCUGAAGCCUGUAACAAGGAUGAAUGGAAAUUUUGCUAGAAAGCUCAUGUCCAAAGAGACAGUGGAAGCAGUUUGUGAACUAAUAAAGUGUGAGAAGAGACAUGAAGCUCUCAAAGAACUCAUGGACCUUUAUCUUAAGAUGAAACCAGUAUGGCGUUCCUCAUGUCCUACCAAGGAAUGCCCAGAACUAGUAUGCCAGUAUAGCUUCAACUCUCAACGUUUUGCAGAGCUGCUGUCUACAAAGUUCAGUUAUAGAUAUGAGGGCAAGAUUACAAAUUACUUUCACAAAACUCUUGCUCAUGUUCAAGAAAUUAUAGAAAGAGAUGGUUCCAUUGGGGCUUGGGCAAGUGAAGGAAAUGAAUCUGGGAACAAAUUGUUCAGACGCUUUCGAAAAAUGAAUGCCAGGCAAUCCAAAUGCUAUGAGAUGGAGGAUGUCUUGAAGCAUCACUGGCUGUAUACCUCGAAACACUUGCAAAAGUUCAUGAAUGCCCAUAAUAUGUUGAAAAGCCAGGGGUUUGCAGUCAAUCCAGACCAGAGUAUCGGGGAUUUUAUGACACUGGAAGACUCUUUGGAAAUUACUGAUUCUAUAGAAUUUUAA